CCUCCGGCCGCCGCCGCCGCCGCCUCCUCCUCAGCCCCCAUCCUUAAAAAGACCAAACGCAGCCUAACCUUCUCCGACCUCCCAACGGACAUCCUCCUCCGAAUUGCCGCCCCCUUCGACCUCCUCGACCUCUGGUCCAUGAGCUCCGUCUGCGCCCAAUGGCGGAAAUCCCUCAACCCUCUUCGUGAGGCCAUGGUCCUUGUUCGAUGGGGGAAGCGCUUCAAGCAUGGGGAUUGUAAAAUAAAGCCCAGUCAAGAGAAAGCUCUUGAUUCUUUCCUUAGAGGAGCGGAUCGAGGUUCGGCGGCGGCGAUGGUGGAUGCUGGGUUGAUGUGUUGGGAGAUGGGGAGGAAGGAGGAGGCAAAGAGGUUGUAUGCGAGGGCGGCCGAGAUGGGUUACCCAGCUGCUCAGUGUAAUCUUGGCCUUUGCUAUUUACAAGAUAAUGAAUCUAAACCUGAGGAGGCUGUAAAAUGGUUUUAUCGGGCAGCUGAAUCAGGAUACGCACGUGCUCAGUACAACUUGGGACUCUGUUUACAUAAGGGUCGCGGCACUGUUUGCAGCCUAACGGAUGCUGCAAUCUGGUACUUGAAAGCUGCAGAAGGUGGAUAUGUGCGUGCUAUGUACAAUGCCUCCUUGUGUUAUUCUGAUGUUGAAGGUGGGUUGAAUCGAGAUCUUCGACGUGCAAGGAUGUGGAUGAAACGCGCUGCAGAUCAUGGUCACUCAAAAGCCCAGCUUGAGCAUGGUCUUGACCUAUACUACGCAGGGGAUUUGAUAAAGGCUCUAUUGUAUCUUGAACUGGCUACUAGAGCUGGAGAGAAUGCAGCUGUUAAUGCCAGGGAUUCGAUACUGCAGGGCCUCCCCCAAACUUCACGAGACCUUGCAUUGUUAUCUGUUGACAAGUGGAAGCCUAUAAACUCUGUUAAAUGAACUGAAAGCUGGAUGUUCUCCUGUUCAAUUCGCCAAAAUAGAUUACCAGUCUGAAAAUUAGGGAAAUGCAUUGUCGUAAUUGCUUGCCUGUGUUUAUUUCUGCUGCAAGAGGUCAAAGAACCAGUGAGUGGUUUUGUGUAUCCGGCGGGCAGAGGGAAAAUUGUAGUAAGUGUGGAGUUUAACUUAUACGGUAAACACAUGGAUUCUAGUUGGAGUGAAAGCAUUAUGCUUAAUGUUCUCUUUACA